GCGAAGUUGAAUGUUGCUGUUUUGUUGCUACAAGGUGUGAGUGGUAAUAUUCAAGUAUUUCGUUCGGGCGGUUCGAUACUGUUUUGGUAGAAGACGUUGUGUAUUAGCUCUUAGUACAAAUUGUUAGUAAAUCUGUGGUUUCCUCCUUCUAAGGUUGGACAAAAAUUUGAGAGUCUCAUCAAAUCAGAUGGUUUCGUAAUUUAAGCCAAAUUACCAAAUUCCUAAUUACUAGUCCUUGCGAACAAUUAUGCCAAUAAAGGGUACAAUCAAUAUUGGUUCAGUUGGUCGAUGGAAAUUUCCUUCGAAAGCCUUCUAGAACAUUUCGAAAAUAAUCAACAAAAUUGAAACUUGAAAGCCUUGCGGUAAUUAUCAUGAAAUAUUAAUGUGUAGUGAAUUUUUCAGUAGCAUCGAAUGAAUAUUUCAAACUUUCCAAACGAUUACGAAUAAAACCGAAGAAAAAUGUAAGCUUUUAUCGAGCCAUUUCGUCGCCUCUCGUUCCGUGCGUUUCCGGAUCUCAACGGGAAACUCUCGAAAGAAGUGUUUAUUUUAAAGAGUGGAGCACCCGUUCGGGGAUUUGGUUAACUCUUGCCACAUUUCCGAUGGUCUUCGCCUUAGACCGCCAGGAAGAAACCGAAGAGGCUAACGGUGGUUCUUAUCAUGCAGAAUACUUUUCCACGCUUUCCCAGUUUUUUUUGUGAACUCACUCCAAAAACAGCAAGUGGACCGAAAGAAAUGUGUUUAUAAAAGUUGGCUAACCUGUUUCAGACUGCCAUAGGCAGCUUCACACCAAAAGCCAUUCCAGAUUUGCUUUUUGAGCAUUCGCCGUUUUACCACCCCUUGUGUUGGAAAAGUGCGUUUCGCCGUUCGAGUUCAACGAGAAGCAAAGAAAGAAGUCCCCCAUCAUAUCGUCGACUCUUUUCCGAUUGUAAGAUCGUUCCGUUGCCAAACGGCAUCGCUGACGGACUAACACGGACGUGCUGCUUCAAAAUGCUCUGCCGCAGGAUGCGUUUGACUGAACGCCACAUCCAACCACCACGGGAACCUAACGAUGGACCAAUCAUUCGUCCUUGCACUGCGCGAAAAUUGACCGGGAGCGAUGGAGAUUCACUUUAUGCCAGCGGUCAUCAUGGGAGAAAACCGACCGAAGCCAGCAAGACUCCGUUGAUGAUUGUCAAUCUGAAUAUUCCAAACGGAGCGCGGACACUGGCACCGAAAAGCGUAAAAGGUCCCCGAAAAUUGCCACCCUUUUGCGUGCAGCAUCAACAGUUGGUGAAAGCUUAUGGCGCUAAUCAAUCUCUCCCGGGUAGUAGCGAGGAAUCAACGUCGGUCUGCCACACUUUGAAUAUACCGCAGAUUUUUAUCCAAGGAUUCGAGAUACAGGACAAAAAAGUUACAGCCCUGUCGCCACAAAAGGUUCAGGAUUGCGAUUUGGGGCCAAUAGCGGAGAACGAAGAAGAUAGCUUUGCCAAUAUUCUGCUGGACAAUAUCUCCAAUAUAUCGCUGGAUAUGAUCAAUAGACAUCAGCAAAAGUUGAUGGGAUCUAUGAGUAUGACCAACACACCUUCGAACACUCCGAGUAGAGAUUGCAACACGACAGGAUACGGAACUCUCAUGAAUUUGGACUCGUACGAAACUGAUGACCUGGCUCCAUUGCCAAUGGAAAAACAAAAUGAUUCUCUGGAUGAAUUGUGUCAGAUUCCACCAGGCUAUCGAUCGCUAGUCUAUCGUACUCCAAGUCCCAGCACCAGACAGAUCAUUAGAGUGAAUGUUACGAUGGGUCGGGAUAGAAGAAGCGAUAAUUCUUAUAGUGCAAACCAUUGAGUCCGUUGCGUCGUUUCCAUUCAAAUCAACAGUAAAUAGCAGAAAUUACAAUUAAAAUUUAUAAAACUAUCCUACGAAAUUUUAACCAGUUUAAAAAAAGUGUAUGAAUUGAGUACUACCUAAACAUAAAUAAAAUGAGAACGAAAAUUCAUAAGCUCGUUUAAAUGAUAAAAUGAAUCUCAAAUUUUAAUUAAAUUUUUCGCCGGGUAUUUUCUUUCGAACCGGAGACAUUAUGUUGACUAUGUCAUUCGUAUUGAGAUGAAAUCGUCAAUCAAGAAAAAAUAAAUCCAGGUCACUGUUAAUUCAUACGUUUUCUAGAAAUAAAAAAUGCA